UUUUUUUUUAUGAUAUCGCCUUUGGCAAUACGAAUUAACCAUUACAACCACCCAAUAAAACUUGAUGGCUUUAGUACAAUCAUCACACUCAUCAUUGAAUUGUAGAGAAAACAGUUUAUCCACUAGCAAGACUCUACGUCAUUGGCAAAGUCAACCUAUGCUAAGGUCCAAAGCAAGUAUUCAACUCUCACCAUUACAUGCCCAAGCACAAACCAGUCAUACCACACUUUUAGUUGACCCACCAAAAGCCUUACGAAAAGAGAUACCUCGAUCCCCUUCUUCUAUUUCUCAUUGCGCCCAACAGAAUGAAUGGCAUCGAACACAAGAUAAACUGAUAUUACAACGACAGAACUUCCUAGCCGAUGAUAAAUAUCAUGUGGAUCAUCCUACCAAUAUGAAACGCUUAACAAAGGAAAUGGACCGGGUGAAUCGUGAAUAUAAGACUGUGCGUCAUUUUGAAGAUCCAAUGGCUGAGUCCUUUUUUCGUGUUGCCUAUCAUCAUCAUUCAUCAUCCUUACCAUUAUCACCAUGGAUGCAAACUUCACCACGUUAUAUUUCCUCUUCCUCUUCUGCUUCUUCUGCCUCUUCUUUAUCAUCGGGUGGUUUACUCGAUUUAUCUUCUACAUCUCCAGUUUUACAACGAAGAGCUUCUGAUUUCAUGCUAAAACGACAAGAUCGACGCAAUUCAUCUACCUCGAUCCAUUCCGCCAUCUUGGAACGAUCUCAUCAUCAUCAUCAUCAUUCAUCCACUUCACCUGCCAAAGGAUUCUUCUUUUUUUCCCGAUGGUUUCGUCCUUCUUUGCCACCCGCCAAACAUCGUUAUGCUCAUCAUAUCACCGGAUGAUUCCUUUUUUGGAUUCUCAAAUUAGAUACCUAUUUUUAUUACCUAUAUAUAUUAUCACCAUUUUAUUCUUAUUGUUAUUAUUAUUAUUGAUUACUACUAUUCUACUAUAGAUACCCAUUUCUUUUAUUAUUAUUAUUAUUAUCAUUAUCAUUAUUAUCCUUCUUAGCAUCUACUAUUGACUUUAUAUUUUAUCAUUCUUUCUGAAUUGUGCUUUAUAUUUAAUAAAUUACACUGAUUUUUUUUU